AUUGAAAGCUCAACAUGAUGUUUGGCUCCUUUUGUUUAUAACGUGACUUGUUAUAUUGUUAAUGCCAUUUAUAGGUUACGGAGUAAUUAUAAUUUUAUUGAAUGGUGACCUUCAUAUACAAGAUAUAUAUUACAAUAAAUUCUUAUUUUCCUUCUUAUUUAUUACUUGGUAGCUAUAUUUGUUGAAUUGUUUAUGAUUGACUUGCGAUCACAUUCAUAAAAUUUGUGAGUGGUUACACCUAGAUAGAUCUACAAUUUAUGUAUUUAUAAUUACCACCAAUAUGAAAUGCAUAUAAUUUGUACUUCUAAUAUUUGGCCUAACUAGUGGCAAAAUGCACGUUUUUAUUAAUACUAUUAUUCCGUAUAUAUAUUUAGAGUAUACAAUAAUAUAUAGGUCCUUACAAUAACCCUAUACAAACGUUGCAACUUGCAAGUCGCUAUAAAAUCCAAAGCCAAAAGCCAAGCAUUAACAAAAGCUACCCUGAUAAAAAAUGAGUAAAAGAGGGCAUGCAAUAUGUGUUCCUUACCCAGCACAAGGCCACAUUACUCCUAUGCUUCAAUUUGCCAUGCUACUCCACUCCAAUGGCUUUCAUAUCACCUUUGUUAAUACCAUCUACAACCACAAUCGCUUCCUCCACUCUCGCGGCCCUCAUUCCCUAGAUGGCCUUCCUAGCUUCCGUUUUGAGUCCAUCCCGGAUGGCCUCCCUCUGCCUUCUGAAGGCAGCGUGGAGGCCACCCAGGAUAUCCCCGAGCUAUGUAGGUCCACUAGUAAGACUUGCCUCGGCCCAUUCCGGGACCUUAUUACAAAACUCAACAAGGAAGGCGGUCCACGUGUGACUUGCAUCGUGGCUGAUGGUUGUAUGUCCUUCACAAUGAAGGCUGCUGAGGAGUUUGGGAUACCAGAAGUGGCGUUUUGGACAAUGAGCGGUUGUGGGUACUUGGCUUACGUCCACUAUCGGACAUUAGCUGAUAGAGGAUUGACUCCUUUGAAAGAUGAACGUUGCAUAACGAAUGGGUACUUGGACACUAAAGUAAAGAUACCAGGAAUGAAGAACAUUCGAUUAAAAGACUUACCUAGCUUCAUUAGAACAACCGAUCCAGAUGAUAUCAUGUUCAAUUUCUUGGUUAAUUCCGUGGAAGAAUCUUCUAAGGCUUCGGCUAUAAUCAUAAACACAUUCGAGUCCUUAGAACAAGAAGUUUUGGAUUCUCUACGUUCAAUUCAACACUUACCACCUAUUUAUUCAAUUGGCUCUCUUGAACUCCUCAUUGAUCAAAUGAUUCCCAAACACGACGCAAUAAGAUCCAUCAAUUCAAGCCUAUGGAAAGAAGAACUCGGGUGCAUUGAAUGGUUGAACAAGAAAGAGCCUAAUUCUGUUGUGUAUGUUAACUUUGGAAGCAUUGCUAAAAUAACACAAAACCAACUUAUAGAAUUUGCAUGGGGGUUAGCAAAUAGCAAGAAGCAAUUUCUUUGGAUUAUAAGGCCAGAUAUUGUUGUAGAUGAGAAUAGCCCUACAUUACUUCAUGAUUUUGUGGUUGAAACUAAGGAAAGAGGUAUGUUGGCUAGUUGGUGCUCUCAAAAGGAUGUUCUUAAGCACAAGGCGGUUGGAGGGUUUUUGACUCAUAGUGGGUGGAACUCGACUCUUGAGACUAUAAACGGAGGUGUGCCAGUGAUAAGUUGGCCUUUUUUCGCUGAGCAACAGACAAAUUGUCGAUAUAGUUGUGUCGAGUGGAAGAUAGGGAUGGAGAUAGGGAGUGAAGCAAAGAGAGACGAGAUUGAGAAGUUGGUGACGGAAUUGAUGGAGGGAAAGAAGGGUAAGGAGAUGAAAAAGAGGGCAAUGGAGUGGAAGAUAAAGGCUGAAGAGGCUGCUAAAAAGCCUAGUGGCUCCUCAUACAAGAACUUGGGCAGGUUAAUAGAGGAUGUGCUUUUGCCACAAAAUUAGACUGUUAAAGCUAUAAACUUUCAUGUAUGUGUUGCAAACUUGUGAUAGAAUUUGGUGCGUUCUUUACCCAAUAAAAGUUGGUUGUUUUUCCAAUAAGGUAAUAUUGGAGGCUUAUUCUUUGAACUUGGAACUUGGAA